AUGAAGAACUGUGAGGAGACAGAAAGGCAAGCUCUUCUCAAGCUAAAAGCUGGUUUCACUAAUGGAAGGGACAGUCUUUCCUCAUGGAAAGGUGAAUAUUGUUGCAAAUGGAAAGGAAUUUCAUGCGAUGAUUUAACAGGUCAUGUAACCAUGUUGGAUCUCCAAUCUUCAGAUUAUUAUGCAAGACUGCAAGGUAAGAUAGAUUCUUCAAUAUGUGAACUGAAACAUCUGACUUCCUUAAACCUCAGUUCUAAUUACUUGGAAGGAAAGAUCCCAAACUGCAUUGGUUCACUUGGUCAAUUAAUAGACUUGAAACUUGCACGAAAUGAACUUUUUGGUGUCAUUCCUCCUAAUUUGGGGAACCUUUCCAACUUGCAAACUCUUGACCUUAGACGAAAUGAUCUUGUUGGUGUCAUUCCUCCUACUUUGGGGAAUCUUUCCAAUUUGCAAACUCUUGACCUUAGGCGUAAUAAACUUGUUGGUCUCAUUCCUCCUACUCUCGAGAACCUUUCCAAUUUCCAAAUUCUUGACCUUAGACAUAAUGAACUUGUUGGUGUCAUUCCUCCUACCUUGGGGAACCUUUCCAAUUUGCAAACUCUUUUCCUUGGGUAUAAUGAUUUGGUUUCAAAUGACCUUGAAUGGAUUUCUCACCUCUCUAAUUUGAGACGCCUUGGUCUUUUAAAUACUACUCAUAGUGGAGCUGUUGAUUGGCUAUCAUCAAUUAGCAAAAUCCCUUCUCUAUUGGAGCUUCAUUUAGAUGAUUGUGGGCUCGGUCAAGUCAAUCCUAGAACUAUUCCCCACCUGAAUUCUUCCACUUCUCUCAAAACCCUCAGUCUUUCACACAAUGAGUUAGACUCUUCAAUUUUGUCAUGGGUGCUUAAUGUUAGCAAGGUCCUCAGAGAUAUAAAUUUAAGUUUUAACCAACUAAGUGGAUCACUGCCAAUAUUCGAAGUUACUAAUCUUGCCUCUUUAGAAUAUUUGGAUCUUUCCUUUAAUCAGUUGAAAGGGACACUUCCAUAUACUAUUGGGAAACUUUCUAGUCUUAAGGGAUUAUAUCUUUCUUCAAUUGAGUUGAAUGGUGUCAUUAGUGAAGCACAUCUAUCAAAUCUAUCUAGUUUGAAAAUUUUGGAUGUGUCUCACAAUUCAAUUUCGUUCAACUUGAGUUCAGAUUGGAUUCCACCUUUCCAACUGCAUGGAUUAUUUGCUUCGUGGUGCACUUUGGGUCCUAAUUUUCCGGCAUGGCUCAAACAUCAAACGAAACUUGGGGAGCUGGAAAUCUCUAAUAGUGGUAUUUCAGAUUCGUUUCCUCAAUGGUUUUGGGACCAAUCCUCAAGUUUGUUUUACUUGAAUGCUUCACAUAACAAACUUAGUGGAAUCUUGCCAAAAUCAAAACAUAGGGACUCUAAUUCUCUCAAAUAA